GAGCAGCAGUGUGUGAAUGUGGCAACCGAGGUAGACAGGGAGGGGUAGAUAGACUGACCAGGCUAGGUUUUUUUUGUCUUUUGUCUUUAUUUUUCUUUUCACACAGAACCAAGUGUUUACAGUCUACGUUACGCCACGGCGGUGAACUUGUUCGUGGAGCAGAAAACCCGGCCGCUGCUGCUUUUCUUUGGGACUAACCGUUGUCGUUGUAAAAACAGCCCAGAAGAAAGAAGGAAAGGCAGAAACAACAUGGGGCGAUAAUAAAAAAAGAAGGUGUUGUGAACCGACGAUGACUCUCUGGAGGAUCCGUGAAGCUUAUUUAUUUUUAUUUAUUCCCUUUCCCUUGUGUCCCUUUUUUGUUUUAUUUUUACAUUUUCUCCCACCUAGCUACUUUGGGAGCUUGUUCUCUUUUUUUUAAGGAAAAGGCAACGGGAUACGUUACAAGAGGACUGAAGGAUGGACCAAGCCGGCAUCCUGAGAAAGUUUAUCCAGGGGGUGAAGGCCAUGAGCGAGGGGGACGAGGAGAGGGGAGAGGACAACUUCGGCAGCGACUUUAUGCGGUUACGGCGGUUAUCAACUAAAUACCGGACGGAGAAGAUCUACCCCACCAACGUAGGAGAGAGGGAGGAGAAUGUCAAGAAGAACAGAUAUAAAGACAUACUGCCAUUUGAUCACAGCAGGGUUAAGCUGGCAUUAAAAACGACCAAUCAGGACACAGAUUACGUCAAUGCUAACUUCAUCAAGGGUAUGGAUGGCCCAGAGGCCUAUAUUGCAACUCAGGGCCCACUGCCGAACACUGUCAUCGACUUCUGGAGGAUGAACUGGGAGUACAAUGUAGCUGUUAUUGUAAUGGCUUGUCGAGAGUUUGAGAUGGGCAGGAAAAAGUGUGAGCGGUAUUUCCCGCUGCUUGGGGAGGAGCCCAUGAGUUUUGGCCCUUUCAGAAUCUCCUGUGAAUCAGAGCAGGCCAGAACAGACUAUUUUAUCAGGACUUUGAUGGUGGAGUACGACAAUGAGACUCGGAGGAUAACACAGUUCCAUUAUAUGAACUGGCCAGAUCAUGACGUCCCCUCAUCGUUUGACUCCAUACUUGAUAUGAUCGGACUAAUGAGGGAAUACCAAGAGAAUGAUGAUGUCCCCAUAUGUGUGCACUGCAGUGCAGGCUGUGGGAGAACGGGUGCUAUCUGUGCUAUUGACUACACAUGGAACCUCCUCAAAGCUGGGAAAAUACCAGAAGAUUUUAAUGUUUUUCGGUUGAUCCAAGAGAUGAGGACGCAACGACACUCUGCUGUUCAGACCAAGGAGCAGUAUGAGUUAGUUCAUAAAGCGAUCGCUCAGCUCUUUGAGAAACAGCUGCAGCUACUGGAGAGCCCCACCAGCACGCAGAUACACGAUGGCAUGGAUGAAAGCAGUCCGGAUAAAGCAGGCCACCAGCCGGAUGAUGAAAGAUGGGACACACCACCUCCAAAACCUCCCCGCAUACGCAGUUCCCAGGCAGAAGGUGACGUGAAGGAGGAGAUACUCCAGCCCCCAGAGCCUCAUCCCGUACCCCCCAUUCUGACCCCGUCUCCCCCGUCAGCGUUCCCCACCGUCACCAACGUACGGCAGGACAACGACCGCUACCACCCCAAACCCGUCAUACAUGUCCUGGCUACCGCACAGAAUAAAGACGUGGACAAGCAGCAGAAUCAGUCAGAUCCCAGUCCCAACAUGCAGACGAGUCCCUCAGAGCAGAAAGACCAAGAUCUACUAAGUCGAAAACAGCAGACUCAGGUCUCAAAUCUAGAUCUCAAUGAGAAUUACAACAACAAAUUGUCUUCAGCGUCGACAAAGUCAGAAUCGGGCCAAAGCCAGACUCCAACGUCGCCCCUCUCCCCUGCUGUUGAAUGUUCUGGUGUUCCUCGGAUCGAGAGGAAGCUGAGCAUUGAGAUCAAAAAGGUGCCAUUACAGGAAGGACCUCGUAGUUUUGACACUUCCUCCUCCGUUGGAGUAGCAGGCGGAGUCAGCAGCAGUUCAGGCAACAGCACGGUAGUGCUGCAACGAAGCCACGCCUUCAAAGCCCGCACUGGCCAAUCCCUGCUGACAUCGAGCUCCUCGCUCUCAGAGGACUCGGGCACGGAGGGAGGAGGAGGAGCAGGAUGUGGGGAGAGCCAGACAGACGGAGGCGUCCUAGCCAGGCCAAACCACCUCCCUGUGAAGAGCGAGAAGGGGGAGACACCGGGAGGAGAGAAAGCGGAGGCGAAGGCUGGCCAUGCAGCGUGGGCUCAGGCCUGCAGCAGCCCGGAAAAACAGUUCCCCAAAACCUCCUCCUCUUCCUCCUCCUCAGACCGCGUCGGCCCAUCCUCCUCCUCCUCCUCCCACCUCUCCUCCUCCUCUUCCUCCUCUUCCUCCACUCCCGUUAGGACUGCCCUGAGUUUCACCAACCCCCUACACUCCGACAACUCGGAUGAGGAGGGGGACGGAGAGAUGUCCGGAGGAAAGGAGGGUUAUCGUACUAGCGUGUCCACGGCGACGGCCAUGGUAACCGCAUCCCCUCACCACGGAGACCAGCAGCCAGUCCGGAAGGUGUUGCCCAUGUCGAUCGCAGGGCAGGGCUCUCCGUCACCCUCUGCAACCACAGCAAACUGCUGGGACAGCGAUGACUCCCCUCCCCCCCUCCCUGCGAGAACCCCUGAGUCCUUCAUACUGGCCACAGACCCUCUGGAGAUGAAAACGUCAGCCUCAGCUGAAUGGAGCGGUUCACAUAAAGAUAUGUCAGAGUGCAUUAAGAAGACAUCUCCAGCUGACCCUGCAUCUGCUGGCACCACAGCAACAGACAGCAAGGCAGACCUGGGUGGGGUUCGGUAACCGCUGCAUUCAGCCCAAAGGCCCUCGGGAACCCCCCCUGGAGUGGACAUGAUGGAACGAUCCAUCUGCCCGUCCGCCAACAGUGUUGUCAGGAGAUGGACUCUACCGAUCUCACCUGGCUGGUCCAAAAACCAAGUUGAUAGAUGCUACACAGACUGACAGCACAAUUUUACACAGAAACACCUUCUGUGUAACUCUGUGCCAACACCUUCUCCAGACUGAGCUCCUCCUCCUCUUCCUCAGACCUUCCCUCAAAGUGCCACUGUGCAAAGCAGAAGAACACUUACCGGUCAAGUGGCUUGUCCAUUUUAGAACAAAGCCCAUGUUUUCCUGCUCAGCUUGCUGAUGUUAGAGGUUUUGACUGUAGACGCUGACCUGGGAUCAGUCUGGUUACUUUCCUGUUCAUGGUUAAAGGAUAAUUCCUGUUUUUCCCCUGUUUUUGGUGACUUGAGAGUUGAUUAAGAUUGUUUUUCCUCUCUGAGCUGUAGACACAUCAUGGAAAUUUGUCCAUUCUGAGGCUAAACGGCAGAAGGAUGUAGGUGUACUUGUUAAAUAUUAAAAAAGUAGAUAAAAAGUGUUAAAUUAUCAGGAAGAACAUUUUCUUUCGUACCAAAUGAAACAAAGUUUUUUUUUAUGAUGAAUCAGGAAUUAUUUUUAAUCAGCAAAGCUACUGUGGGAAGCUGAUUCCUGAGGUUUAACUGAACUCCCAGAAGGUGUCUGCUUCCUCCUACUGAAUGAACAACAAUCUUCAAAGCUAGAUAAUCUGUUACCCAUGAUGCAACCUUUUCUGUUGGGUAUGUACAGGUUGCCUGGGUGCUCUCUCUUUCUCUCUUUUUCUCUUUCUUCCUCUCUCCCUCUUUCUGUGUGCUGGUGCUACAUUACAAAGGUUCGGCAUAGAAACAGAGGCCGUGGAGCACCUGUGCUAGCUGCAGUCAUGUCAGCUCUCGGACUUCAUGUUUCUAUGCUGACCUCCCUGUUUACUGGAGUCACAGGCUGACGUAGUUCGGUCAUUACAGUGGUCACCGGGAGUCUGUGGAUGCUUAUAUUGUUUUAGGAAAUCAGCUUACUUUCCUGCAGGGAGUUGAGAGGUUUCAUACCACUCACCUGUCUGUACGCUAAAUGUGGAGCUGGAGCCAGAAGCAGCUUAGCUUAUCUUAGCAUAAAGACUGGAAACAGAUAGCCUGGCUCAGUCCAAAGGUGACAGAAUCUGCCUAGCAGCACCUGGAAAGCUCAUUAAUUGACACGUUGUAUCUCAUUUGUUUAAUCUGCACAAAUACCAAAAGGAAAUAACAAGUUUAGGUUUUACAGUGGGUUAUAAAUUAGAGCUGGACGACAUGGAAACACAAAACAAAUUCUGUAAAGCGAUUCUUUUGACAGAUACUGCGAUUAGUGAUAUGAGUCACAGUCUUAGUGGUCAUUUUUGCAUUUUAUUUAAAAAAAAAAAAAAAAGUAAAAAUGGUAACGUGAUUUUUGCUGUACCAAAGAAGCAUAUCCCCUCACGUCUGGAGGAUAUGAUUAGUAGGCUGUGGCAUCUGUGUAGCACCACAAUGCUUUCAGUCAUUCAGCCCUAUUAUGUGCUAGACUUACUGGCUGGGAGCGGUGACUUUUGGCACAUAAAUCCCAGUUUGCUCUGAUUAAGAAAUGAGAUGAAGUGCAGGUUGUUGAGACGUGGGUCUGCAGACUUCACCCCCCUUGCCAGUCUUUAUUCUAAGCUAAGCUAACCCACUGCUUGCAGCUCCUUUCACAUACAGACAUGAGAGCAGUUUCAAUUUUCUUACCCGACUCUCGGCAAGAAGCCAAACUAGCAAAUAUCAAACUCCUCCUUUAAACCUCAUUUCGUAGCAGUGGACAAUAAUAAUCACGUUGACACCAUUGGAAGGCAAAGCUGAAUGCAGAGAUGCGGUUGUUGAGACUAAGGAGUGAAAGGUGAGAUAGUACGGCGAGACUGUGUAAGUAGUUGUAGGGUAGGAUUUUCUAGGAUGUUAUUGAUGGAAUGGCUUUAGCAAAACAGUCUGUGUUGACCUUGAAACACAUCAGCAAAGGCCAAACUCACCAUCUCUGUGACUCUGGCUCUCACUGCUGGGACCAUGAGCCUGCCUUAGUCUGCCUGUCAGAGAAGAUAGCCUCCUUCACUUGGCUUCUCUCUUCAGUUCCCGUCUCCCUCUCUCUCUCUCUGUUUUUGGCUUCUCUUCGUCUUUACUUGGGACACAAAUUUGCUGUUUAUUUCCUGUUUCUUCUCCUUUUUUUUUUUAUUCCUGUUGUUGUACCCUUGCUUUCUUGCUCUCGUUCUCCUUGUGAGGCCCCGAGAUGAACAACCCUGCAAGUCAGUUUACUCCCAGUAAACUCAGUGUUUCGUAGCAGGAGCGCUCAACAUCACCUGCAACUCCUCCGGGAUUUGACAGAUUCAUAUCAAAUCUGGCUUCCCAAAACCAGAAAUCGAGCUUGUACGGUUUCUCAUCUGACAGCCGAGUAAAAAAAGGAAAAAAAAAAAAAUCAUACUGUACCUCCUUCUGUAUGUGCGAGACAAAGAUCCAACAAGACAACAGCAGCUGUGGA